AUUUAUUAUUUCUCAUGUGAGAAAAUUCAUCCUCGCGUGGAGGCGCAAUCACUUGACCAAGACUUUGAAUAGUCAGUACCGUUAGACCUAUUCAUCAAAUAAAAAUCAGACUGCUGCAGCAGCAACACAAAAAUGUGUAUAUAAACAACAGCACAGCCUAUGCAUAUUACAGAAACAAAUUGAGUGUAUAAACAUGGCAGCCACCAUCCUCCUCCUCCUCCUCCCCCUCUCCUUCCUCUCCCUCCUCCCUCCUCUCCAAGCCGCCACCUUCACCAUCAUCAACCAAUGCUCCGACACCGUUUGGGCCGCCGCCGUUCCCUCCGGCGGCGGCGUCCAGCUCAACAACGGCCAAACAUGGGUCAUCGACGUCCCCGCCGGCACCACCGGAGGCCGCGUAUGGGCCCGCACCGGCUGCUCCUUCGACGCCUCCGGUAACGGUCAAUGCCAAACCGGUGACUGCGGUGGCAAGCUGGCCUGCACCGCCUACGGGUCGCCGCCGAACACCUUGGCUGAGUUUGCCCUCAACCAAUUCUCCAAUCUGGACUUCUUCGACAUCUCCAACGUCGACGGCUUCAACGUGGGGCUUGAAUUCAGCCCGGAUCCGGUGGGGAGCGGGUCUUGCCACGCGAUCCGGUGCGCCGCGGAUAUUGUCGGGCAGUGCCCGGCGGAGCUGAAGGCGCCCGGAGGAUGCAAUAACCCCUGCACCGUGUUCAAGACGGAUGAGUAUUGCUGCAACUCUGGGAGCUGCCAGCCGACGGACUAUUCUAAGUUCUUCAAGAACCUCUGCCCCGACGCGUAUAGUUAUCCCAAGGAUGAUCAGACGAGCACCUUCACUUGCCCCGCCGGCGGCAACUAUAGAGUCACCUUCUGCCCUAACUGAUUCCGGCCGGCCCGACCGGGAAGUCCAGACGACAAUCUGGAUGUUGCCACGCCGUUGUGUAUCGCAUGACGGCUUAUACGAAUCAUUGUAGGAUUUUCUCUUAAAUAAGUGUCCAUGCAUGUUUUGUGGGCUAUCAUUUACAUGUAUAGUUUACAGGAAGAAUGAUUUAAGAGCCUUUUGUGAUUGUAAGGCCAAGUUCGGAAUAAGGUGAUGUAUUAGGAUUAUUGAUGAGGGAAGGAAAUUUAAGGAAAUAAAACGGACACAUGAUAAUAUGAGACUGGAAUACGUGUAGACAUGAGAAUAUGAUAUAAAGGGGCUCUAACAUACAUACCGACCCAUUCUUAAUAAUGUA